GCACUGACGAACCAGCUGAUUGCAACCACUGUGGAGCCGUGCUCCUGCUGCCACCUGCGGAUUCACAUGAACGAUCAGAAUGGCUCCGAGGUGCUCAACUUGAACCACCAUUGCUGUGACUGUUCCCUGCUCUGUUGGGGCUGUCCGUGCGGCUGUCAGGAGACGAACUUCCAGGUGUACGACCACGGCCAGUCGGUGGGAAACAUCAAGCGACAGUUCAACGCCCAGCAGGCACUUGGGAUGAUCACAGGCGUAAAUGCCGACUCGGACCAGUUCCAUGUCGACUUCAAGGAG